AUGCUUAGAACACUGUUGAGUGGUUCCGUUGGCAGAACUUUUGCGAGGACUUCUGUGAGAUGCUCGUCGUCUUCUACCUCCGCCAUGGCGUAUAAGCAGAUGCAUAAGCAUCAUGCGAGGCCACCGCUACCCGUUGUGGAAACGCCCUCCUGGGACGCAAACGCUGCCGUCUCGUCUAUCCUGUACGAGACACCACCACCUUCGACGCAGCCAAGGAAGCAACAUGUGCUGAACUGUUUGGUCCAGAAUGAGCCCGGUGUGUUGUCCCGUGUCUCCGGGACUUUGGCUGCCCGUGGGUUCAACAUCGACUCCUUGAUCGUAUGCAACACGGAGGUCAAGGAUCUAUCGCGGAUGACCAUCGUGUUGCAAGGUCAGGACAAUGUGAUCGAGCAGGCAAGGAGACAGAUUGAGGAUUUGGUCCCCGUGUAUGCUGUGCUCAACUACACCGAGUCGCAGCUGGUAAAGCGGGAGCUGUUGCUGUGCAGGGUAUCGCUUCUGGGUGCCGAGUACUUCGAAGACCUGUUGCUGCACCAUCACCAGCGUACUGCCGGUCCCAGAGACACGAAGCGCAAGGAAUCUGAGUUGAUCGAUAACAUCAGAAACCAGGAAUACCACCCAUCGAACAUGGCACCAAGUGCUGUGCUGAGGAUGAAGCACGAACACUUGAACGACAUCACGAACCUGUCCAAGAACUUUGGCGGGAAGAUUGUUGAUAUCUCUGAAACGAGCUGCAUUGUCGAGCUGGCCGCUAAGCCUACUAGAGUCUCUGCCUUCUUAAAACUGGUGGAACCUUUUGGUAUUCUGGAGGUCACCAGAAGCGGUAUGAUGGCCUUGCCAAGAACCCCUCUACAAACCUCUAGAGAGGAAUUGGAGGGCGCCGACGAGCAGAGCAAGAUAAGCGACAUCGUCGACAUCUCGCAACUGCCACCAGGUUAG